AUGUGUAUACCAGGAGAAUGAGUGGUGGAACACAGAAGGGAGGGAUGAGGGAAGGCGUGCAGGUAGUGAAGCUGGGCGAGGGUGCGCAGCGGUACGAGCUGGACGAGGAAGCGCUGCGCCGCGUGCUGCUGCGGCAGGACGUGCGCGGCCUGCCCGUGGUGGUAGUCAGCGUCGCCGGCGCCUACCGCGGUGGCAAGUCCUUCAUACUCGACUUCUUUCUCAGAUACCUCAAAGCAUCUCGCUAUAGUCAGCAGACUGGAGCGUGGCUUGGUAGUGAGGAUGAACCAUUGCAAGGGUUUCACUGGCGAGGAGGAAGCGAGCGAAACACCACCGGUAUCCAUCUCUGGUCGGAACCUAUUAUUACUACACUGGAAGCAACUGGUGAAAAGGUGGCCGUGCUGCUGAUGGACACACAGGGCACCUUUGACUCGGAGACCACGAUCGGUCAGAACUCGACUAUAUUCGCGCUGUCCACGCUCAUCUCGUCCGUGCAGAUCUAUAACCUGACCGGUAACAUCAAGGAGGAUGAUCUUCAACACUUACAGUUGUUCACGGAGUACGGUAGACUCGCGUGUGACUCAAAAUCCAAGGCGUUCCAGACUUUACUGUUCCUUGUCCGGGAUUGGCCGCACGCCUUCGAGCAUGCUUAUGGCUUCUUGGGUGGAUCUACGUUACUCAAUAAGAGGCUACAGGCGAAAGUGAACCAGAAUCCAGAGUUGCGGCAGGUUCGGGAACACAUUCGCACAUGUUUUGACAAUAUCAAGUGUUUCCUUAUGCCACACCCAGGCCACAGCGUCGAAGACCUCAAGUUUACAGGAUGCCUUCGUGUUACAGAUUUAAGGGAACAGUUUAGACUAGCUCUGCUAGAGUUAGUGCCUUCUCUGUUCGACCCGAAACACCUCACGCCAAAGCUGAUUAGCGGCGAACGAGUCACUACCCAAGACCUAUUUGAUUACUUCAAGACGUACGUCGGUAUCUUUAACAGUGACGAAGUUCCCGAAGCCGUGACAAUAUUCAAGGCGACGGCAGAUGCGUGCCUGCUAGCGGCGACGCGCGAGGCGCGUGAGCUGUACUCGCUGCAAAUGGAGGCGCGAGUGCGCGACAACGUCAGUGUCAGCAAUGCAACGCUCACAGCCUGGCACGAGGCAGCGCGGGACCAAGCUCUGAGACGCUUUGUGGGAAAGAAGAAACUAGCCUCUCAAGCCGACGUCGACACUCAUCUUGAAGCACUCAAAAAAGAGCUGGGUGCGAGAUUGUCGCAGUACUUGUGGAACAACGAUAUAAAGGUUCGUGACACCAUGACCUUUGCCACGGAAGCAUAUGAGGCGGCGGUGAGCAGCGUGUCUGCGGAGCACGCGCGGCUGUGCCUGCACCCGCAGGACCUGGACGACCUGCACGCCAGGGCCCUGCAGCAGGCACUUGAAGUCUUCGAUGCUGCCAGAGAGGUGCUCGAAGGCGAAGAAGACGAUAGAAAAUUAGAAUUAAUUUGUAGAUUGGAGCAGCGCUAUGAGCACUUGUGUGUCAUCAACGAGCAGAACAACAAGAAUAGCGUGAUGGAGGCACGAGAGGUAUACGUGAGACGAAUGAAGCUGGAGAUGGACCAAUCGGGCGUUAGCUCCGGGCGACUCUCCACGCACCACCGGGACGCAGUCGACUCCGCUACUACUUCCUUCUACGCGAAGAGAAACAUUUCCACGCGGCGAGAAGACGACCCACAUGUGGCACGACUCUUACAAGACACUAAUGAAUAUUUUGUGGAAUUUGAAAAGGCGAAUACAAACAGAAAUAAGAUGGCUUUACAUGCCGCUGAGAAUGUGUAUAACAACUACAUGGUGUCAGAAUGGGGCCCACAAAUGUGCUGCUUCCACCCGAAAGCUCUUGAAGAUCUACAUAACAAAGGCAAACAGAUGGCUCUCGAGCAGUUUCUCUCAAACAGAGUGGAUAGCGAAGAUGAUGAGUAUAAGGCAGCGUUAAUGAAGAAUCUCGGGAUACGUUUGACUGACCUGAAAGAAGUGAAUGAAUUCAACAAUAAGCAAGCUGCGGAGCAAGCGUUGAGGCUGUAUACGACGCUGAUGGAUAAGUACAGCCGACCGUCUGCUGUCUCCAUCCUCGUGAUUCCCUUUAUCAUCAAGCUUUUCGGGUCCUUGCCCGCGCGCCACGAGGAAUCUAAGGAUGAUGCAAUCAGAGAAUUUAUGAAAUGGCGCCGCGGUGCUAACUAUGGCAAUGACGUACAUUUCGACAGACUUGUUGAGAGAAUUGAAGAAGUUUUCCAAACCAUCAGGCAUCCGUUUCUUGCUAUUUUACGAGAGACUGGUAUUUAUAGGACCUAA